AUGGCGGGCGGAAAGGAGGAUUUGGCCCAUGAGGUCGGCCUGGAUGCGAAUUCCCAGGAUGACCGAGAUAUGGAGCGUUUAGGGAAAGCUCAACAGUUUAAGCGAAACUUCCGUUUUUAUUCAAUUCUGGGAUUUACGACGACGUUGAUGGCCUCGUGGGAGUCGAUUCUUCUCACGAGUACCUAUGGCCUGAUUGACGGUGGCCGAGCUGGCAUGGUUUAUGUUUAUCUCGCGUCGUUUGUGGGAUUUUUCGCAUCUGUCAUUUCCAUGGCUGAGAUCUCCUCAAUCGCCCCAACCUCCGGAGGUCAAUAUCACUGGGUCAGCGAAUUCGCAGCUCCGCGAUGGCAACGAUUUUUGAGCUAUCUGACUGGGUGGCUGUCGGUUCUGGGAUGGCAAGCAGCUUUCGCUAGUAUUUGCUUCCUCUGUGGGACCCUGAUCCAAGGCCUCCUCGUCUUCAACUACUCGGGCACUACGGGAUAUAUCUAUGGCUAUGAGCGCUGGCACGGAACUCUACUGACUAUGGCGAUUGCUGCUGUCGGGACGUUGGUCAACACCUAUGGCGCCAAGUUUCUGCCUCCCCUGGAGGGCAUCAUUCUGGGCCUCCACAUUUUCGGAUUCGUCGCCGUUCUGGUGCCAAUGUGGGUGAUGUCGCCUGGCCAGGCCCCGUCAUCUGAAGUAUGGACCGUGUUUGGCAACGAGGGUGGCUGGCCGAGCAUUGGCCUGGCGUGUCUAGUAGGACAGCUUACCCCCAUCUUCUCAUGGACUGGGCCCGAUGCUGCAACUCAUAUGGCCGAGGAGGUUCAAAAUGCAGCUCUUGUCGUUCCUUGGUGCAUGGUAUCUACUGCCUUGAUCAAUGGCGGCCUGGGAUUCGUUAUGCUUGUUACUCUUCUGUACAAUAUGGGUGACAUAGCCGAUGUUCUCAGCCCUGCGAGCGGCUUUUCGUUCAUCCCAGCAGUCCACCAUGCCACAGGCUCCGUCGCCGCCACCAACGGCGUGGCCGCGAUUAUCCUAGUCAUGGAAGUCUGCAGUGCGAUCGGUAUCCUAGCGACAGCUUCUCGCCAGACCUUUGCCUUUGCUCGUGAUAGCGCCCUUCCUUUCUCUCGAGCCCUUGCCCACGUCAACCGUCGUACUAAAAUCCCUGUCACCUCGGUCCUUGUUUCGACUAUUAUCACUCUGCUACUGAGCUUGAUCAACAUUGGCUCCACUGCCGCUUUCAACGCGAUUGCCUCGGUUAUGAUUGCUGCAUUGUUCACCACGUAUAUUUUGUCGAUCGGCGCAUUCAUUCGAGCUCGAUUCCAGCCAGGCGGAAUCCCACCUGCUCGGUUCUCGCUGGGAUGGCUGGGAUUGCCUAUCAACGUUUUCUCCGUGGCGUAUCUCUGUUUUGCUAUCAUUUUUACCUUCUUCCCGACUGCCGCAAACCCAACACCCGUGGACAUGAAUUGGUCCAUCCUUGUCUUUGGAGUAGUGGUGAUUUUCGCUGUUAUACAGUACCUUGCCCACGGUCGCCUUGUCUAUCAGGCCCCAGUGACGCAAGUCCGGAAGACGGAAUGA